AUGGCUGCCCGCCCGCCGCCGAGGAGCCGCGAGGGCGUCUAUGUGUCUCCCUCGCCUCCCAGCAAUGUUCACGACCCAUUUAAUCAUAGAUACGAUGAUAAUGACCCCGAGCAUGCAUAUGGUCGAAGAGACACUUACGGAUCAGACAGCAGCGCUGCAUAUAAUGAGGGAGAAAGAGGGUAUUAUGACCACGGCGACGUCUAUGCUACCUAUCCUUUCUCCCUUACAGGCCAUCCAGACACAGACUCGGAGCAUGAUGUGUAUGCACGAGCACCAUCAGCAGAGUCCCUUGGAGGCCGUAUGGGCAUGUCGGACACCUCUGCUCCUGUCUGGGGCGACCACGGCGCUUCUCAGUAUGGCGGCGGACGAGAGCCAUACCCCGCUUGGGACGCAGGUCGCCAAAUCCCCCUGUCGAAGGAGGAGAUCGAGGAUAUCUUUCUAGACUUGCAACAAAAGUUUGGCUUUCAGCGGGAUUCCAUGCGAAAUAUGUUUGACUUCACCAUGCAACUACUGGACAGUCGCGCCUCACGGAUGUCUCCCCAUCAAGCUCUUCUCACGCUACAUGCGGAUUAUAUCGGUGGUCAGCAUGCCAACUACCGCAAAUGGUACUUCGCCGCGCAGCUCGACCUAGACGAUGCCGUCGGCCAGACACAAAAUCCUGGCUUGCAGCGCCUAAAGUCGACAAAGAAGCGCGGGCGGAAUACUUCGGCGAAGUCGCUGGCGAGCGCCAUGGACCGCUGGCGGCAGGCGAUGAACAACAUGAGCCAGUACGACCGCAUGCGACAGCUCGCGCUCUUUUUGAUGUGUUGGGGUGAAGCGGCGCAAGUGCGCUUCACGCCCGAGUGCCUGUGCUUCAUCUUCAAGUGCGCGGACGACUACUACCGCUCUCCCGACUGCCAGAACCGCGUCGACCCAGUGCCUGAAGGACUCUAUUUGCGCGCUGUGAUCAAGCCACUGUACCGAUUUAUUCGGGACCAGGGGUACGAGGUUUCGGAUGGGAAGUUUGUGCGGCGGGAGCGUGACCAUGACAGGAUUAUUGGAUAUGACGACAUCAAUCAAUUGUUCUGGUAUCCUGAGGGCAUCGCCCGGAUCACCCUCACUGACAAGACACGUCUUGUAGAUAUUCCACCAGCGGGUCGGUUCAUGAGGUUUGAUCGAAUUGACUGGAAUCGCGCCUUUUUCAAGACGUACUACGAGAAGCGCUCGUUUGGUCAUGUCCUUGUCAACUUCAAUCGCAUCUGGGUCAUUCACAUCGCGCUCUACUGGUUCUAUACGGCAUACAACUCGCCGACGGUGUACCAACCUAAGAUUCGGAACUCUCCCGCGUUGACAUGGUCAGCGACCGCUCUCGGGGGUGCUGUGGCCACUGUGAUCAUGAUAGCUGCUACCCUCGCCGAAUUCUCGUACAUCCCCACGACUUGGAACAACACCUCUCAUCUCACACGGCGGUUGCUCUUCCUGUUUGUCACGCUCGCUCUCACCGCCGGCCCGACCUUCUACAUCGCGAUCGCAGAAAACUCGGAAGCCGGCGGAGGUCAACUCGCGCUCAUCCUCGGCAUCGUGCAAUUCUUCAUCUCGGUCGUCGCGACGCUCCUGUUCUCGAUCAUGCCCUCCGGGCGCAUGUUCGGCGACCGUGUCGCUGGCAAGUCGCGCAAGUACCUCGCCUCGCAGACGUUCACUGCGAGCUACUCCGAGCUCGCGCCGCAGGCACGCCUCGCCUCGCUCUUGCUCUGGUUCCUUGUCUUCGGAUGUAAAUUCACCGAGUCGUACUUCUUCCUCACCCGCCUCUCCUUCCGUGACCCGAUCCGCGCCAUGGUCGGCAUGCGCAUCCAGAAUUGCGAGGAGAAGCUGUUUGGGAACGCGCUGUGCAGAAAUCACGCGGCGUUCACCCUCACGCUGAUGUACAUCAUGGACCUCGUGCUGUUCUUCUUGGACACGUUCUUGUGGUACAUCAUCUGGAACACGGUGUUCAGUAUCGCGCGCUCGUUUGCGCUGGGUUUGUCAAUCUGGACGCCGUGGAGGGAGAUCUAUGCGAGGUUGCCGAAGCGAAUUUAUUCGAAGAUCUUGGCAACUUCGGAUAUGGAGGUCAAGUACAAGCCCAAGGUAUUGGUGUCGCAGAUAUGGAACGCCAUCAUCAUUUCCAUGUAUCGCGAGCACUUGUUGUCCAUCGAACACGUUCAGAAGCUCCUGUAUCAUCAAGUCGAUACUCCUGAUGGUCGUCGAAGCUUGCGGGCCCCUCCGUUCUUCAUCUCGCAGAGUGACAAGAGCUACAAGGGCGACUUCUUUCCACCUGGGAGUGAAGCGGAACGCCGUAUCUCGUUCUUUGCGCAAUCGCUUACGACGGCCAUUCCCGAAGCCCUUCCGGUCGACGCUAUGCCAACCUUCACGGUCUUGACCCCACACUACAGUGAAAAGAUUCUUCUGUCGCUGCGAGAAAUCAUCAAAGAGCCCGACAUGAACAGUCGUGUCACCUUGCUGGAGUACCUGAAGCAGCUGCACAGUCUUGAAUGGGAAAACUUUGUCAAAGAUACCAAAAUUCUCGCUGAGGAGUCCGAAAUGUACAAUGGCAACAAUCCUUUCUCGGAAGAAAAGGCACAGUCGAAGACGGACGAUCUGCCCUUCUACAUGAUUGGGUUCAAGAGCGCGGCGCCGGAGUUUACGCUUCGGACCCGUAUCUGGGCUUCGCUUCGUGCGCAGACGCUGUACCGGACGGUCUCUGGGAUGAUGAACUAUGCCAAGGCGAUCAAGCUACUCUACCGCGUGGAGAACCCGGAGGUCGUGCAGAUGUUUGGCGGGAACACGGACAAGCUUGAGCGCGAGCUCGAGCGGAUGGCGCGCAGGAAGUUUAAGUUCGUCGUCUCGAUGCAGCGGUACUCCAAGUUCAACAAGGAGGAGCAUGAGAAUGCCGAGUUCUUGCUUCGCGCGUACCCCGAAUUGCAGAUCGCAUACCUGGAAGAGGAGCCGCGGAAGGAGGGCGGAGAUCCGCGCUUGUUCUCUGCGCUCAUCGACGGACACUCGGAGUUCAAUUCCGAGACGGGCCAACGCAAGCCGAAGUUCCGCAUUGAGCUGCCUGGAAACCCCAUCUUGGGAGAUGGCAAGUCGGACAACCAGAACCACGCGAUCAUCUUCUAUCGCGGUGAAUACCUGCAGCUCAUCGACGCCAACCAGGACAACUACCUCGAGGAAUGUCUCAAGAUCCGCAACGUCCUUGGCGAGUUCGAGGAGUACUCCGUGUCCAGUCAGAGCCCGUACGCGCAGUGGGGCCACAAGGAAUUUAAGAACUCUCCUGUCGCCAUUGUCGGUGCGCGCGAGUACAUCUUCUCGGAGAACAUUGGUAUUCUGGGUGACAUCGCGGCGGGCAAGGAGCAAACGUUCGGCACGCUCGCCGCACGGUCUUUGGCAUGGAUUGGCGGCAAACUGCACUACGGACACCCGGAUUUCUUGAAUGCGACAUUCAUGAACACGCGCGGAGGUAUCUCCAAAGCGCAGAAGGGUUUGCACUUGAACGAGGAUAUCUAUGCGGGUAUGACGGCUUUUGGGCGUGGGGGACGCAUCAAGCACACCGAGUACUAUCAGUGCGGCAAAGGGCGUGAUCUUGGGUUCGGCACGAUCUUGAACUUCCAGACGAAGAUCGGGACAGGUAUGGGCGAGCAGAUGCUCAGUCGGGAGUACUAUUAUCUCGGCACGCAGUUGCCUGUCGACCGGUUCUUGACGUUCUACUACGGCCAUCCUGGAUUCCACAUCAACAACAUGCUCAUCAUCCUGUCGGUGCAGUUCUUCGUAGUCACGAUGGUCUUUUUGGGAACACUCCACUCGCAGUUGACGACGUGUCGAUACACGAGCACUGGACAGCCCGUAGGGAAUCAGGGCGGAUGUUACAACUUGCAACCCGUUUUCUCUUGGAUUGAGCGUUGCAUCAUCAGUAUCUUCCUCGUCUUCAUGAUCGCUUUCUUGCCUCUGUUCUUGCAAGAGUUGAUUGAGCGCGGGACUGGGCGAGCGAUCGUGCGCCUGAGCAAACAGUUCAUGUCGCUCUCUCCCGUGUUCGAGGUGUUCUCGACGCAGAUAUACACGCACUCCAUCUUGAACAAUUUGACGUUUGGAGGCGCCCGAUACAUCGCCACUGGCCGUGGAUUCGCGACGUCCAGAAUAUCGUUCAGCAUCCUAUUUUCCCGCUUCGCCGGUCCAAGCAUAUACCUCGGGAUGAGGACGUUGUUGAUGUUGCUCUACGUGACGCUGUCGUUCUGGACGCCGUAUCUGAUCUACUUCUGGAUAUCAAUUCUCGCGCUCUGUGUUGCUCCGUUCUUGUACAACCCUCACCAGUUUUCGUUCGCGGAUUUCAUCGUGGAUUACAGAGAAUUUUUGCGUUGGAUGUCUCGUGGUAAUUCUCGAUCCCACAACAACUCGUGGAUCGGAUACUGUCGUCUGUCGCGAACAAUGAUCACUGGAUACAAAAAGAAGAAACUGGGCAGGCCUUCCGAGAAGCUGUCAGGCGAUGUUCCUCGGGCGGGCUGGCGCGCAGUCAUAGUAUCGGAAGUCAUAUUCCCCAUCGUUAUGGCCGUCCUCUUCGUUAUUGCCUACAUGUUCGUCAAGUCGUUCCCCGUGAACGGCAAGACACCGCCUAGCCCGCUGAUUCGCAUCGCUGUCGUCUCGAUCGGACCAAUCGUCUGGAACGCCGGCGUGCUCCUUGUGCUCUUCUUUGUGUCGUUGAUGCUCGGACCUAUGCUUGAUUCAUGCUGCACCAGGUUCGGUUCGAUCAUGGCAGCCCUUGCGCAUACACUUGGAACGAUUGGGAUGAUUGGGUUUUUCGAGUUCCUCUGGUUCCUCGAGCUCUGGAACACAUCGCACGCCGUACUUGGUUUGAUCACAGUCGUCGCCAUUCAGCGUGCUGUGCACAAGGUCCUCAUCUCCGUCUUCCUCUCGCGUGAGUUCAAGCACGACGAGACCAACCGCGCAUGGUGGACGGGCAAGUGGUACGGUCGUGGACUCGGUUCGCAUGCGCUGUCGCAGCCCGCGCGCGAGUUCAUCGUGAAGAUCAUUGAGCUGUCACUCUGGAGCUCCGACAUUCUCAUCGGCCACUUCCUCCUGUUUAUGCUCACGCCGCCGCUGUUGAUCCCAUACAUCGACCGUCUCCAUUCUGUACUUCUUUUCUGGCUUCGGCCGUCGAAACAAAUCCGUGCACCGAUCUACAAUAUCAAGGUCCGGAAACAGCGACGUGCGAUUAUUAUCAAGUACGUUCCUAUCUAUAUUUCGGUCAUUGCUCUUUUUGUGGCUUUGAUCGCCGUUCCCGCCAUCCUCAGUAAUACGAUACGCAUGAACUGCUCGUUGUGCAAUAGUCUGUAACUUGAACACUUGUUUUCGAUUUCGUCUUGUUUCGCAUACGUCUCGUCGCUCUCUUCUCUCCUCUCCUCACGCUCAUAGAUCGAGGACUGUCCACUCUCCCGUUGUAUGUGCUCCUAGCUCUGCGCGCCUCGCUCGAACGCACCCACAUCGAGCGAGCAAGCGGGCAGUGUCUUUUCGCUACGGACUUACUCUCCCUGACGAUACGCAGUCGAUGGAUGUUGUCCAUAUCCGUGCCGAAUCCGUACUCUCUUCCUCUCACGCGC